AUGGCAGUGCCUCCUCCCUCUGAAGGGGUCAUGGAGAUAGGAGACUCGCAUCUUCAUGAGUCUGAGGCCUCGUCCUCUACUCACGCGGACCAGGGCAUCGACCCGUUUGAAAAGCCAGAGCCUACUGCCGACAUUGAGAAUGUCGAGACCGUGGAAGCUGUCGAAGAAAAGCCUUUGCCUUCGAGGGCGGACAAGGUCAUUAAGGAGGCAGAUUGUUAUGAUGAACUCGGCUACUCCUGGCCAGCAUGGAAAAAGUGGACGAUCAUCAGUGUGAUCUUCCUCGUCCAGACUUCCAUGAACUUCAACACCAGUCUGUAUUCCAAUGCUCUGACUGGCAUCUCUGAAGAGUAUGGAGUCAGUAUGCAGGCUGCUCGUUGCGGUGCCAUGAUUUUCCUCGUUACUUAUGCCUUUGGCUGCGAACUCUGGGCUCCUUGGAGCGAGGAACUCGGACGCAAGCCAAUUCUCCAGGCUAGUCUGUUCCUCGUCAAUGCUUUCCAACUUCCUGUGGCUCUUGCUCCUAACUUUGCCUCCAUCAUGGUUGGUCGCGCCCUGGGUGGUCUGAGUUCUGCCGGUGGCUCCGUCACGCUGGGAAUGAUUGCCGAUCUAUGGGAAGCAGAUGAUCAGCAGUACGCCGUGGCCUGUGUCGUCUUUUCCUCCGUUGCAGGCUCCGUCAUUGGUCCUGUCGUCGGUGGAUUCGUCGAAGAAUACCUUCCUUGGCGCUGGAACAUCUGGAUUCAAUUGAUCUUCGGAGGAGCUGUUCAGCUCGCUCACCUAGUCUGUGUUCCGGAGACUCGCACGACGAUAUUGAUGGACAGAAUUGCUAAGAGAAGAAGAAAGAAUGGUGAGGAUAUAUGGGGCCCUAACGAGGUGCUUGAGUUCCGGGAGCGGUUUGCAAUGCGGGAAAUUCUCGCCACCUGGAUCCGCCCCUUCAAGAUGUUCUUGACUGAGCCCAUCGUCCUGUCUCUGUCUUUGUUGAGUGGCUUCAGCGACGCUCUGAUCUUUAUGUUCAUCCAGUCGUUCGGUCUUGUUUACAAGCAGUGGGGCUUUGGCACGGUUGAACUCGGCUUGUCGUUUUUACCCAUCCUAGUAGGGUACUUUAUUGCAUGGAUAUCUUUUAUCCCAGCCAUUAAACGAAACAUCAAAGAGCGACGCGCUAAGCCCCAGGACGAACGGGCUCAAUACGAGUCUCGCCUAUGGUGGCUUCUUUACACAGCUCCUUGCCUGCCCAUCGGGCUGAUUGGUUUCGCUUGGACCAGCCAGGGUCCUCCCGUCCACUGGAUUGGUACCAUGGUUUUCUCAGCCAUUGUCGGCAUUGCCAACUACAGCAUUUACAUGGCGACGAUUGACUACAUGGUCUGCGCCUAUGGUCCUUACUCUGCUUCGGCAACCGGUGGAAAUGGCUGGUCUCGAGACUUCUUGGCUGGUGUUCUUACCAUUCCUGCCACACCUUUCUUCGAGAACAUUGGUGGCAAGCGUCAUCUUGAGUACGCAUCUACGAUUUUGUUCUGCAUCUCAUUCGUCCUCGUCAUUGCGGUCUAUGUCAUCUACUGGUGCGGUCCUUAUCUCCGCCAGCGCUCUACGUUCGCCCAACAGCUGUCGGUUGCUCGCCACGAUGUCGAAGUCGACCUCAAUAUCCGACAGUUGUCUAGAAUUCCCACUGGCUCUAGGGCAAAUUCUCUUGCAAGAUCUCGCCAGGAUCUCCGAAUCCGCCAGGCCCUUGGAAGCCGACAGGGCAGCUAUGUGGCAUCCCGUGGUCCUUCUCGCGCGGGCUCCCGUGCUCAGUCGCGCAGAAACAGUAUCUCCUUCGCCGAAUGA